AUGUGGUUCUCCGGCGUUCUGCACAGAAACAUCAGCCCAAGCAACAUCAUCAUCGCCCGAGAGACAGACGGUAAAGUGGGGUAUCUCAUUGACCUUGAUUGCAGUCAUGAAUUCGAGAAGUGGAUCGAGUUCCCUGCCGCAAAUAUAGACAAUUAUCAGGAUAAACCGAGCCUCCUCAGGAACGCCAAGAACGAACUUGGACUGACUAUCACGGAGGAUACCGCAUUGAGGCUGUUAGCUGACUUCACACUACGCAACGCUCUCAAUUUCCUGGCCGUAGCCCGAAAUAUGUGGGAGAAUAUGCCAGACUGUAUCGUACCUGAGCCUGAUCCCGAUCCCAAACGUAGGUCGUGUCCCGAUACGGGCGAUGGAUCAGAUAAUGCUCUGAUGCGCACAGGCACGAAGUCUUUCAUGAGCGGGGAACUCGUCUCUCCUGGAUUUCCAUACCACCCCGGCUUCGGACGUUACAUCGUCGUACGGGGUGUCAUCCACGACAUUGAAUCUUACUUUUGGGUUCUUGUUUACCUCUGCCUCACGCGCACGGGUAAUGGUGAAUGGCGCGACGAGCUGCUCGAGGAUCCGCCCGAAGACGACGUCCCAAUGAAGAUCCUGCAUAAAUUCGUCUACUGCUUCUUUGAUACGUCGGAGGAGAUAAUGCUGAAUGCCAACAAAACUGCCCUGUUUAAGAGGCCGGAUGACGUGGAGAAACACAUUGUUAAAGCCUUCCAUCCCGACCUGAUAUGCUUGCAACCGCUCGUGCUGAGUUUUUGGAAGCUGCUCGCUUUCUCGUACAGGACGUACAACGAUCUCAUACCCGGAGUUAUACACGCGCAACUUCUCAAACUCUUCGACGAGGAAUUGAAAGGUAUCAAACAGCAGUUCGAGGCGCAAACGCUUGAUGUGGCUCGCUCUAGCUCAGACAGCCAGCCUCCAUCCGCAUCCGAGGGGCAUGUUGACGAUGUCUCGUGCACGAUGAAGCCCGUACCCAGCGUCCAUGCACAAUACGAUAACGGUCAUCACAUCCGUUUGCCUAAGAAGGCCAGAGUGGAGAACAACUGA